AUCAGAAUCAACUCGGCCCACGCUAGCCACCGGAGAAGCAAACCCUAGCGUAUAUAUGGUCUCCCUCCGUUUCACCGUUUCCCCGCGCAGCAACACCCUAACGUUAAAUCCGGCAACGCUUGUCGGUGCCCCGACGUCCUCAUUGAUCAUUCCGUCGGAGAAUGGCACCGAAGAAGGAUAAGGCUCCUCCUCCGUCCUCGAAGCCCGUCAAAUCUGGCGGAGGCAAGCAGAAGAAGAAGAAGUGGAGCAAGGGUAAGCAAAAGGAGAAAGUGAACAACAUGGUCCUGUUCGACCAAGCAACCUACGACAAGUUGCUCUCCGAAGUCCCCAAGUACAAGCUUGUCACUCCUUCCAUCUUGUCUGACAGACUGAGGAUCAAUGGGUCGUUGGCACGUCGGGCGAUCAAGGAUUUGAUGGCCAGAGAUCUGAUCAGGAUUGUUUCUGCUCAUGCUAGCCAGCAGAUCUACACGAGAGCCACCAACACUUAAAAUCGAUAUAAGAGAUGCGAUUUUCAUGGACAUCCUUGUGACAAUGUUACCAUGUUAGGGAGUUUGUUACAUUUUUUCAAUUACAAUGGAAUGUUCAACUGGCCGUUGCCAUAGCUGAGAUUUAUGUUUUUGAGUUCGAUCGGAUCACCUAUGCAUUUUCUUGUUUCUGUUAUGUCAAAUUUUUCUAGACACUUCCUGAAAGCCAACAUCCUCGAUCGAGUGCAAUGUAGAAUUUGUAUCA